GGACGAACGCGGUGAGGCGGGAGGGGAGGGACGGAGGGCGGGCGACUCCGGCAACUCCGGAGACUCUGGGUCCGUUUGCCUAGGCUGAGGCUCACGCCCCAGCCCGCGACCGCCGAGGGGGAGAGCGGGAAGGGACACCGCGAUUGCUGCUGUGUCCAUAAGAAGACUGGCACAGUUUUGAUGGCUACCUGUGCCUAUUUCUCUUUACGGCUGAUUUGGCACAGAAGUCUUUGAGGAAAGCGCAUUAAGGAUGGCAGAAGCCGUCGUGAUUGAUCUCUUCAGUUUAAAAUUGAACUCACAGAAAAUCUGCCAUCAGACAUUACUGAAGACUUUGACCGGUAUCCACCACCACCACGCCCCCAAGGCCAAGCUCCUUUGCGUAAUGUGUGGUGGUAACGUCACCAAAGAAAGGGACGGUGAAAACGAUCUUUCUGACAUGGAAGCAGGAAAUGGAUUUCCACUUCUCACGAGAGAUUUUGAGACUAUUAGCAAUUCCAGUAUGGCGGCCUCUCUGUAUACAAUUAAACAAAAAAUUGAUGAAAAAAAUCUGAGCCACAUUAAGGUGAUUGUACCCGAGCACAGGAAAACGUUUGUGAAGGGUUUUAUAGAUCAGCUCUUCACUGAGGUCUAUGAUUUUGAGUUUGAAGAUUUACAGGGAGCUUGGGGAGAGAGCCUGUUGAAACCGUCUACCGAAAUAAACGUACCCACAGCUCAACAACUAGAGGAGAUCCAAAGUGAAAUAGAAGCGUACUUGAGAAGCCUGCCGACCCUGAAAGGGGACUUAACUAUUAUCACAUCUCCGUUGAUCCCAGAUACCUUCAUCCAUGGAUUUACGACAAGGACAGGUGGCAUAUCCUACAUCCCAACCCUUAGCUCACUCAAUCUUUUCAGUAGCAGCAAACGGAGAGAUCCCAAAGUAGUUGUUCAAGAAAAUCUUCGUAGGUUGGCUGAUGCUGCAGGAUUUAAUGCAGAGAAAUUUUAUCGAAUAAAGACCGAUCAUGCCAAUGACGUGUGGGUCAUGGGGAAGAAGGAGCCUGAAUCCUAUGACGGGAUAGUCACAAACCAGAGCGGAGUCACAAUCACAGCUCUCGGUGCCGACUGCAUUACCAUAGUCUUCGCAGAUCCUGUGAAAAAGGCCUGUGGGGUUGCUCACUCUGGCUGGAAAGGUACUUUGCUGGGCGUAGCUAUGGCUACUGUGAACGCUAUGACUGCAGAGUACGGCUGUAACCCGGAAGACAUUCGUGUUGUUCUGGGGCCUUCAGUAGGCCCCUGUUGCUUCGCUCUUCCCAGAGAACAGGCAACCUCAUUUUACGAUCUUCAUCCCUCGUGUGUGCGACAGUUCGACUCACUGAAUCCCUACGUUGACAUCCGAAAAGCCACCAGGAUUCUUCUAGAACGGGGAGGAAUUCUUCCACAGCAUAUUCAUGACCAGAAGGGAGAUCUUGAUCUCUGCACAUCCUGCCAUCCUGAUAAGUUUUUCUCCCAUGUUCGAGAUGGGCUUAACUUCGGUACACAGAUUGGCUUCAUAUCCAUUAGAGAAUGAGGUUCUUGACUGAAAUGUUGCAUCACCGUUUCCUGCAUCCUUCCACACUGCUUGCAAAAGAAAAUUUUAGCUUUUUGAUUUAUAUAAAACCAAGAGAGUUACAAAACAUAAUUCACCUUUAGGGUAUAUUUUCCCUGUGACCCACAACCAGAUGAUCUUAGUUUAAUUCUUAUGAUAACUAAGGAAAGAAUCAAUGUGAUGUUAUCCCUCAAGUUAGUUCUGUGGAUUUAUCUAUAAAUCAAUACCAGGUCUGUUCAGUUCAGUGUUUGUUGAAUGCCAACUUUUUUUUUAUAGGGAUGGAGCUUGACACAGUGAAUCAAAAUAAAGACAACUUUUCCAUUUGAGUCAAAUGCAGUAGGAGAGAUAAACACUUCCUUUUAAAUAUAUAUAUAUAUAUAUUUGGAAUUGCCUUACACAAGAGUAGGUUUCAUUAUGGCAUUUUCAAGCAUCAUGGUUUUGCUGAUCCUCCCCUUUCCCUUCUUUCUCUUCCCUUUGAGCAUCCUUCCACUCCCAACAGCCCCUCCUUUCAUGUCUAAUGUGUUCUGUCACCCCCUUCCUUGCUCAUCCCUCUUUUCCCAUAUGUUCUCUUUCUAGGUUCAACACCUAUAUCCACAUUUAUACCCACACAUAUACGUAUAUGUGUAUGCAUGCAUAAACAUUAAUGGUUAGGAUUCAUAUAUGAGAGAGAAUACGCAAUGUUUGUUAUUCUGAGUCUGGAUUAUUUUGUUCAAUAUAAUAAUUCCAGAUCUGUAGGAGAACGUGAAUAAAGUAGUCCCACAUUAGCUCAGACUUGAGAAUAAUAAAGGGUUCUUU